UUAAUCACGUGAUCAAGAAGAUUAAAAAUGUCUUCUCAUUCAGAGGCCCAGUGCUACCCUCUCCUGCACAGUAACGGCUCCUGGGAGGGAGUCUGUAACAACGCACGAGCUACCAACUACCUCGUCGCAGACUAUCAGGACCUCCUAAAUAACACUGGGGAUGGCGGGGCCGUCUUUUACCUUCCUAACAUUGAGCUUGAUGCUUCUGAUCAACGGACCGAACACGUUCAUUUUCAGAACAGCGCCGGGCUGCUCCUGGUCCUUAUCCUUCUCUCCCUCACUAUCCUUACUAUAUGGGUCUUUAAAGUCAAGAGGUUUCGGGUUAUGCAUGAAACUGGACUAUCUAUUUUGUACGGUAUUAUAAUUGGUGUCGUUAUUCAUUACGGGUUCCCUUCAACGCCUCAGGAUGAGUUCUAUCUGGCAGAGAAAGAGUGUGAGAGUUCAGGGACAGUGAGGACCUUUGAAAUAGGAGAUUCAGUGAUACUACAGACCCAAGGAGGGGACGGGUUCAGGUGCUCUAUUAAUAGUAAAGUGUUCAGGACUAGAGAAGGAGACAGGAUUGAAGAAGCAUUAUUAUUUGAUCCAGAGUUAUUCUUUUUUCUUUUACUUCCUCCAAUUAUAUUUUAUGCUGGAUACAGUCUUAAAAAGAGACAUUUCUUCAGGAACAUUGGUUCAUUGUUGAUGUAUGCUUUUGCUGGAACUGCAAUAUCAUGCUUUGUAGUCGGUGCUAUGAUGUAUGGUUGGGUCCUCAGUACAAUAGACAACAGAUUAUCUGAAGCUUUUGCUACUCGUAACAUUUCAGUCCCAGGGGCUCCUGAAGCUUUUGGAGACAACAUCAUUCCUUCAUUGCUGUUUGGGUCACUGAUAUCGGCUACUGAUCCAGUGACUGUACUUGCUAUAUUUCAUGAUCUUCAUGUUGAUGUUGAUUUGUACUCAUUAGUCUUUGGGGAGAGUGUCAUGAAUGAUGCUGUGGCCAUUGUACUCUACAGGUCAGUUGAUGAGUAUGAUGGUGAUGAGACUGGGUUCAGUAUAGCUGGUCUAUUCAAGUCCUUUGGUUCAUUCAUUGGAGUAUUCUUAGGAUCAUUUCUAUUAGGAACUGCCAUUGGACUAAUAACAGCACUGAUGAUGAAGUUCUCCAGGUUGCGUAACUACCCACUGCUAGAGACCUCAAUGUUCAUUCUAAUGUCCUACUCUUCCUUUGUCAUUGCUGAACUAGCUAGUCUCACUGGUAUUGUUGCUAUAUUGUUCUGUGGUAUCACCCAGUCCUACUACAGCCUGUACAUCAACAUGAGUCAGGAGUCGCGACGAAGGACCAAAGAAGUCUUUGAACUAAUCAACUUUCUAUCGGAAAACUUUGUCUUUUCCUACAUGGGCCUCUCUUUAUUUACCUUUGCUAAUCAUCAGUGGGUACCUGGGUUUAUCAUCUUUUCCUUUGUGGCUAUUUUCACUGGACGCGUCAUCAAUAUUUAUGUUCUCUCAUUUCUCCUUAAUCUCGGACGAUCAAAGAAGAUCAGUUUUAGGUUUCAACACAUGUUAGUAUUUGCAGGUCUAAGAGGUGCUAUUGCGUUUGCUCUUGCAAUACGUAACACAGAGACUGAGGAGAGACAGCUAAUGUUCACCACUACACUAGUCAUUGUACUAAUCACAGUACUGAUCUGUGGAGGGUUCACCACACUAGCACUACAGUGCCUUAGAAUUAGGGUCAGGAGAUACCCUAUGACUCCACUCAAGGGAACCUGUUAAUAUCAAAGUUUUCAGUUCUUGACAAAAAGUUUUUGAUUCCUUUCCUAACCCAUCAUGGUCGCCCGUUAACUGAUGCCUGUCCUCGCCGGUGCCCCACCAUAUGUAUCAGCUGCUGUACCCAGUGUAAACCAAAGGAUGAGGAGUUACUGGAAUCCAGUGAUGACGAAUCCUCUAAAGACAGUUCCAGUGUCUCAGACAAAAUUGAAGACCACGUCCUCUCGUUCCGUGAUUCUGAAUAUACCCAGUCCCAUUCGGCUGCAGGGGUGCUACCAGGGGACCGGAGGAGAAGGGGGCGGAGUCUCGAAGGGGAGGAGGAAGGUGAUAUUGGUCUGGGUACUCAAGGAGGGAGCUAUCACAUGCUGUCUGAAUCUAACCUUUGAGAUAUACUGGAUUAGUAUACUAUAUUAGUAUACUAUUAGGAUACUCUGAU